AUGCUGGCUAUGGGGGAGACUGUGGUGCACACAAGGAUAAGUCAUCUGCAACUCAUGCUAGAGAUCUUGAUCAUUCUCUCAACAUGGCCCGUGCCUGGGCAUGCUCAACACAUCAACCUCCCAGAAGUCAUGAUACCGUUAAGGGUCAGAGGCAACAGAACAAUGCAGGCUAUGGGAUGGCUGACCUAUAACCUGCACUUUGGGGGCCAGAGACAUUUUAUCUACAUGAAAGCUAAGAAGUUUUCAAUGUCUAGACACCUCUCUGUAUUCACCUACACGGAACAAGGUGCUCUACACCAGGACCAGCCCUUUGUCCAGAACAAUUGCUACUACCAUGGCUAUGUGGAUGGAGAUCCAGAAUCAAUAGUGGCGCUUACCACCUGUUUGGGGGGCUUUUAUGGAAUAUUACAGAUAAAUGGGACAGUAUAUGAAGUCAAGCCCAAGAACCUUUCAUCUACAUUCGAACAUUUGGUUUACAAGAUGGACAGCGAGAAGACACAACUACGCCCCAUGAGAUGUGCAUUAACAGAAGAAGAGAUAGCAAGGCAAAUGAAGCUUCAAGAGAAUGAUAACCCCACACUGAUGCAAAGCAGCUAUGAAGGCUGGUGGACCCAUAAGCGAUUUCUUAACCUGGCAUUGGUUGUAGACCAUGAGCGAAUUCUUUAUCUAAACAGCAAUCUGUCACGUGUGUUACUGGAAAUAUUGAUGAUAGUUGACAUGAUAAACAUGAUUUAUCGUCCACUGGAUCUUGAGGUAGUUUUAUUUGGAGUUGAGAUGUGGAAUGAAGGAAACCAGGUGACAGCAACUGACAUAGACGGUUUCCUGACAUAUUUUUGUUCUUGGAAAACUGUCGCCCUUAACAAUCGAAUUCCAAAUGAUAUUGCACAUCUUUUUGUGCUAUAUGAUUUUGAUAUAUAUCUUGGCUUAGCCUAUGUUGGAACUGUUUGUAUUCCAUCUCUUAAUUGUGGCGUUGAAUCUCUGAUAGGCUCUAAUAUUUUUCAAUUUGGACUUACUAUAGCACAUGAAAUGGGUCAUAAUUUGGGUAUGUCGCAUGAUAAUGACUAUUGUACCUGUGGGAAGGAAGCUUGCUUAAUGGCUGAAACAAACAGUGGCAUCUACAAAUUCAGUAACUGCAGUUUUGCUGAGUUUUGGCCAGUUUAUGCUACUGCCAACUGUAUGCACAAGGAAAAGAAGCCAGUAAGCAAAUACAAAUUAAAAGUCUGUGGGGAUGGUGUAGUUGACGAUGGAGAGCAGUGUGAUUGUGGAUCUUCAGAAAUGUGUAUAAAAGAUCCAUGUUGUAUGAGGGGCUGUACCCUCAGAGCUGGAGCUUCCUGUGCUUUUGGACUUUGCUGCAAAGAUUGCCAGAUCAUGCCAUCAGCCACCGUGUGCAGAGAACAGGACAAUGAAUGUGACCUUCCAGAAUGGUGUGACGGACAUUCACACGAGUGCCCUAAUGAUGUCUAUUUGCUCGAUGGGAGCUCCUGUAAAGAUGGUGGCUACUGCUAUGAAAAGAGAUGUCAUAACCGAGAUGAACAGUGUCGGCAAAUCUUUGGCAAAGAAGCCAGGAGCGCGACUCAGAGAUGCUACAGGGAAAUCAACAGCCAAGGUGACCGGUUUGGCAACUGUGGUAUAUUCAGAGACACAUACUUAAGAUGUAAUGACCCAGACAUCCUCUGUGGGAGAGUUCAGUGUGAGAAUGUGCAAGCUGUUCCUUUUAUGGAAGCACAUUCCACUGUUCACUGGACUUACCUCAAUGGUGUCACCUGUUGGGGAAUUGACUACCACUGGGGGAUGACAAUACCUGACAUUGGCCAUGUGAAAGACGGCACAGAAUGCGGUCCAGGGCAUGUGUGCAUUAAUAGGAAGUGUGUCAGUAAAUUAAUUUGGGUAAGUGAUUGUUCACCCGAGACCUGCAAUCUGAAAGGGGUCUGCAAUAAUUUACACCAUUGCCACUGCAACUUUGGGUGGGACCCACCAUUUUGCCUUUCACGUGGCAAUGGAGGGAGUGUUGACAGUGGCCCUCCUUAUAAAAAAGUAGAGAAACCCAAGAAAAAUUAUUGGAAACUCAUCAUUUAUAUUCUUUUUGUUAUUGUUUCAUUUGCUGUGUUAAUUUGGCUUUGUAGUAAGUAUGCAAUAUCUCCUAGGAGUGAAAAAGUCAGUGUUUCCACUUCAGAAGAGGACAAAACAUCCAGUGAUGUCAGCACUGCUAGCAAAAGCUCAUAA